AUGUGUAAAAAUUUACAUUUGAUGUUAAUUAGUUUAUGCAAACAAAUACUUGCCACAUGUGUAGUAGCUUGUGAUUAUGAGGCUUUUUGUGAUUUGAAACUUAAGGCUUGCGGACAUCUCGUACCGCAGACUAUAAUGGUUGGACACAAAGUUGCUAAGAAUUUUAAGUCUAUUAAACCCACAUUUUAUGAAAAUCAUAGGUCCUGCAAAAAAAACAACUUUCCCGCAUGUUUAGAUAAGCCACCAUGCCCGCUUCUGUGUAAAGCCUUGCGGCCACAGCAUUUACUACAAAUUCAUUCCCCGAGACAGAGCCAUGCUGGAGUCACAGAUGAGAUACAUGCAAAUUUCGGUUAUAGCUUUGGCUUCGAUAUAUCUGCACAUUUCCUUCAGCUGUUGGAAUCAGGGAUAAAUUUUUCCCUAGCUACAACAAUCCUGGCUUUAAUUGAAAUUGGACUAUUCUUGACCAUAAUUCUUGUAGCAAAUGAGUUGCUUUUAAAUUUUUGCCAUACUUAUAACAACAAAAUUGGCGGCUAUUUUUACCCAUCAGUGGAAUUUACAUCCAAAUACCAAUUCAACAUGCACUACCACUUUUCUGGAUGCCAGUUAUUUACAAAACUACUACAAAGGAACAAUUUCGGAGGCAAUUUGAUGAAAAACUCAAGUACCUAUUUGUUAUACAGUAACGAAAAUGUUGUCGCAUUAAUAUUUUUGAUAUCUUUGCAGAAAAAUGAAGUCGAGCUGAGCAAAAGGAUACAGAGCUAUGCCAUUCCACUUGGAAUUUGUGUUAACUUCGUGGCAGCACUUCAGAUCUUCUCCGGUGUUUUGGCCUGUGCUGUUAUAUUCGGAAUUUAA